GUCACGUGACCGCUUCAGUUUCUCUCACUACUGAAGCAGAUCCUCGCAAACACACACUACAACCGAAAAUCCCCCUUUUAUGAGGCAAGAGGAGUGUCGCUGUGUGAGAGCAGCGUUUUGCGCUUUACUGAGUGGAAUUGGGGUCUGUUUGUGGAGUUCGGGGGCUGUUUUUGUCGUGUUUAAUCCUCUGAGGUAAUCUGGGAUUCUUGAGGCGGGAAUGAGAGAGAUGCGCUCGAGCGCUCACUGGAUUUUCACUCUGUGAGGAGCAAACAGGUGAAGACAGCAGGAAAAUUCAGUAGAGAUGAGUGGCGAUUCGAGACAGGGGGUGGUGACGACCCCUCCGGCCCCCAGCGUGGGGAAAAGGGAGGGCUACUUCGACCGCAUCAACGAAAACGACCCUGAAUACCUGCGUGCACGCAACAUGUCACCAGAUCUGCGACAAGACUUCAACAUGAUGGAGCAGAAGAAAAGGGUCACGCAGAUACUACAGAGUCCAGCAUUUAGGGAUGAGCUAGAGGGACUGAUCCAGGAACAGAUGAACAAGGGGAACGACCCCACAGGACUGCUCGCUUUGCAGCAGAUCGCAGACUUCUUCAUGGCCAGCUCCGUAGCCGGCUUCUCCACCUCCCCCCUCAGUUUGGGCAUGGUGACCCCAAUAAACGACAUGUUCAGCAUGGAGUCCAGUACUAUGGUGAAGGGAGAGAAACAGAUCCGCUGCAAACUGGCCAGCCUCUACAGACUAGUGGACCUGUUCAGUUGGGCCCACUUCACAAGCUGUUACGUUACAGUUCGUGUCAGUAAGGAGCAGGAUCAUAUCCUCAUCAUCCCCAGAGGACUGUCCUUCGCUGAGGCCUCUGCGUCCAAUCUGGUGAAGGUGAAUAUUCUCGGUGACGUGAUCGAUCAGGGCUCCACCAACCUGCAGAUCGACCCGGCUGGCUUCAGCCCUCACGCUGCCAUCUACUCCGUGAGACCUGAUGUGCGCUGCGUCAUUCACAUAAGCACACCAGCCACUGCUGCCGUGUCGUCUAUGAAGUGCGGCCUUCUGCCCAUCUCUCAGGAGGCUCUGAUCCUGGGUGACAUUGCCUAUUACAACUACCAAGGCAGUCUGGACGAGCAAGAGGAGCGCAUAGAGCUGCAGAAAGCCCUCGGACCAUCAGCGAAGGUGUUGGUUUUAAGGAAUCAUGGGGUUGUAGCUCUCGGAGAGACCAUUGAAGAGGCCUUUCACUACAUUUACAACGCUCAGUUUGCCUGUGAAAUACAGGUGAAUGCGUUCUCGUGCGCUGGAGGAGUGGAGAACCUGAUCGUCUUGGAUCUGGAGAAGUACAGAUCUCGGACGCAGGGGGUGGCAGAAGCCGGGGUCAACAUGGGCUCUCAGCACAAGUGGAGGCUGGGAGAGCUGGAGUUCGAGUCGCUCAUGAGAAUGCUGGACAACCUGGGUUACAGGACAGGCUACACGUACCGGCACCCCAUUGUGCGGGAGAAGCCGCGGCACAAGAGCGAAGUGGAGAUUCCUGCGACAGUGACGGCGUUCAUGUUCGACGACGACGACGCUCCACGCUUCCCUCUGAAGUUACUGCAGCAACGACAGCAGAGAGAGAAAACACGCUGGCUCAAUUCACCCAACUGCUACAUGAAGGUGAACGUGUCGGACGGGGCGAGCGAGGAGAACGGACGCACCAAGACCAUGUGGAUGAAGUCUGAUGAUGGUGGAAACACCAGCGGGACUCCGAUCCGCAUUGAAGAUCCCAACCAGUUUGUUCCUCUGAACACAAACCCCAGUGACGUUCUGGAGAGGAGAAAUAAGAUUCGUGAGCAGAACCGCUUUGACAUGAUGACAGCAGGGCCGCAGUCACAGCGGCUGGCAGGGAUUGUGGUGGAAAGACCGCCGCCGUACAUGGGCGAUGACGAGGAGCAGACGGGACCACUUCCUCCAAACCCCUUCAGCGAGCUGAGCGAGAAAGUGCUGCAGGACUACCAGAAACGAGCAGAACGGCAGCAGCUCGGAGUAGACGAUGAAGAGCAGCUCACGUCAGACGACGCUUCCACACUCUCUCAGUCAGUGUCUCCACAAAACACUCCCGCUAAAGAAGAGAACCACAGCGGCGUGAUGCUGAACGGUAAAGACCAGCACUGCGACGAGGACGAGCUGAUCAAGCGCGUGAGCCAGCUGACCACCAGCGUGGAAAGCGUCGAGAUCAGCGUGCGCUCGGGAGAGAAGAUCGAAGAGGCUCUGACGCCCGAGAGCUCGCCCUCCAAAUCACCCAACAAGAAGAAGAAGAAGUUCAGAACCCCGUCCUUCCUGAAGAAGAACAAAAAGAAAGAGAAAGUGGAAGCCUAGAGGACGAAGAGCAUCCACGCCUGUCGCUUUGUCCGUCUUUGUUUGUCGUUUUACGUUUCUAAGUUUGGAGCAACAUCCGUUUUUAAAAAACGUGCCAUGAUUAUGAGUUUUAUACAGGAGGAGAAGCGAGGGAAACUCCUGGGAAACUGGCUUCUCUCACCUGAUAGACUGAAAGUGUUCUGAGUUUGUCUCGUUGAUGAGCCCAUACUGCAUUAUUUUUUUCAUACUGUAUGUUUAUUAGAUUCUCACACAGAUCUUUUAUGAGCCCCUUUUCUAUCCGUCGUCUCUCAUGGUGUCAGUUCUGCUUGCGUCGUUUCUCCAGCUGUAGGUGGAAUUGGUCACACUACACAGGAAACGCUUAAAGAAUCACACUGGAAACCGUUCAGGGGUUAUUUUAACAGGGUCCUGUGUAGAGUCACUCCAGUCUCCUCUCCGUUCCGUACGAAAACAUUUUAACAGCUACAAAAAGCAGAGCGGUCACGUUUUAGUGAACAUCAACUCUUCAUCUCUUAUGAAAUAUUUUAGCUUUUUUUUAAUCCGUUCAGUUUUGUACACGUUUCUAUACUUUAACAACGAAAAAAAAAAAAAUGAAGCAUGUUUUGCUAGUCUGAAUUUCUAUGGCUGAUAAUGUAGUGGUGCAAUCGUGUAAUAGCUCAGAUUACUAAACACAUGUAACGGAAAUAUAUGAAAACUGGAGUGAUGAGAUAUACAUGUAUAAAAUAUAAUAUUUUUGUGCUGCACUUUUUAAUGUGGUAUACAACAUAACAAAAAAAAAACAUCUAUGGAUGAAGAUCUAAAGCGAAAGAGGCGCGAAACGAAAACAUGAGAAAUGUUUUAGCAUCUUGAAAAAGGGUGGAGAAGGGAAACUUGUUAACGUGUAAGGAAAAAAUAUAUAUUUGUAAACUGUAUUUUUGAAAAAAA